CCGAUUGCGAUUUAAUGACAGAAAGAAAACACAUCGUUCACCAAACCCAAUUGCGAACGAUCUCCGUCACGUUUGGUACCAGAGCUUCUCUCCUCCAUCUAACCCUUCCUUCUAAACCCUCGAAGAGGGAAUUACGGGUUCUCCCAAAAUUUUAAGAAACCCUAUUUUCCCUCUUAUCUGCUAGUCGACUCAACAGGCUCUGAUUCAUCUCAGUUCCGCUUUUGGCAUUGGACUCAGCAAUGUCGAGUUUGGAGCAGCCACUAGGACUUGACAACUUUCCAAACUUGAGUUGUAUUGAUAGGGUUCGGAGGUUUUCCUCUACUGCUUGCAGGCCUAUACCGGAUGACGUGGGAAUGGGAAAUUGCUGGAUUGAGGGAAGGAGUUGCAGCUCAUCCAACAGUUGCAAUGAAGAAUGCACAAGAGAGACAUUCCCAGGGAGGAGACAGACCCGGGAGGGGUUGCGUGGAGACUCCUUAAAGCGAAGAACUUUAAGCUUGGGUCGGACCCAUAGGGUAUUUGGAGGUGGUUGUGAUUCAUAUGUACCGGAUAGGAACUAUUGUUCUGAGUGCAGUAACGAUGGUGUAAAGGGUAUAACGAGUAAGCUAUUACAUGGAAUACCAAGCUAUGUAAAGAUUGUGGAAGUUGCCCCAAGGGAUGGGUUGCAGAAUGAGAAAAAUAUGGUGCCAACAGCAGUAAAAAUUGAAUUGAUACAAAGAUUAGUUUCUUCUGGGUUGCCUGUUGUUGAGGCAACGAGUUUUGUCUCACCAAAAUGGGUACCACAGCUGGCAGACGCGAAGGAUGUGAUGGCAGGCAUCCGGAAUGUGGAAGGUGCUAGAUUGCCUGUGUUGACGCCCAACCUUAAAGGGUUUGAAGCAGCUGUUGCAGCUGGAGUGAAGGAAGUGGCAAUCUUUGCCUCAGCAUCCGAAUCCUUUUCAAAGUCGAACAUUAAUUGCAGCAUUGAGGACAGUCUUGAGCGUUAUCGGGCUGUCGUUAAUGCUGCCAAAAAACUGUCAAUUCCUGUUCGUGGUUAUGUAUCAUGCGUUGUUGGGUGCCCUGUGGAAGGACCGAUUCCUCCAUCAAAUGUAGCAUAUGUGGCGAAAGAGCUUUUUGACAUGGGUUGCUUUGAGAUCUCCCUUGGCGAUACAAUUGGUGUUGGAACACCUGGUUCUGUUGUUCCAAUGCUUGAAGCUGUAAUGGCUGUUGUACCCGUUGAGAAGCUUGCAGUGCAUUUUCAUGACACCUAUGGGCAAUCUCUUUCUAAUAUUUUGGUGUCCCUCCAAAUGGGGAUUAAUAUAGUGGACUCAUCUGUUGCUGGUCUUGGAGGCUGUCCAUAUGCUAAGGGUGCUUCUGGGAAUGUGGCAACUGAGGAUGUUAUCUACAUGCUCAAUGGACUUGGGGUGAAGACCAAUGUGGAUCUUGGAAAGCUCACAUCAGCGGGGGAGUUCAUCUGCAAGCAUUUAGGUCGCACAUCUGGGUCAAAGGCAGCAACUGCUCGUAGCAAAAUCACAGCAGAUGCCUCUAAGAUUUAAUGAUCCAUUGAAAUUAGAUUAUCCAAUUUGAGAAAAUGAAAAAACGAUGGAAGUUUAUACGGAAUUUUGCUAUCUGCAUUGUACUUGAUGUAUGAAUACAGACAAUGUAAACUCAGAGCCCCAGUUCCAGUGAAAAUUGUACUGGGUCCCUUGUAUCUAUGUUUGGAAUGGGUUUAUAUUCCCAAUCCUAAAUAAAGCAGCAAUUUGCUAUUCCCAAUCCUAAAUAAAGCAGCAGCUUCUGCAAAUUGCAUCAA